AUGCAGACAAAUACUUACACAAAUACUAGCCACCCAAAGUUGAAGCAUUUUUCAAUCGGCUCUUUGGCCGACGCUCCUCUGUUCACAACUCUCAUCUCGACGUCUACAUCCGCACCGCACGCCGCAACACCCGCACACCCACAUCCGGUAACUGACGCACGAUUUGGAACUACGCCUUUUGUCUUCCCUCUGCGUCCUCCGCCAGCGUCUGAACGUGCGGCAUCCUUGCCGUCUGACGUCGCUGCAGUUGCCUGCCAUUCGCACUUUCUCAAUAUACUUCCGUCGUCCCUCUCCCCUCCGCUGCUUGAACCAAUGGAGAGCGUGGGUGUGCUCGCGACAGCGAUCGACGUUCGCCACGAAGCCGGUCUUCCCUCAACCUCAAUGUCUUCAUCCACAUCUAAACCCAAGCCACUCAAACCUACUUCAAGUCUAAGGCCAGAGUCUAGAUCCAGCCCCGCCAUUCGGCCACAUGCCUCUAGUAGUUUCAGUCGUCAGAUGAUUUCAUCGCCAUUGAGAACUUGUCCUCCUAUUACCGCCCGACGAACGCCGCCACCGAUAGACACAUCUAUUUCUCAUGUUGGCUCUCAACCACUAGAACGCGUACCAACAGAACCCGCCAGUGCUCCUCCAACGCCGCAGCAACCAACACCUGAACAGCUUGCGACUUUGGGCAUCAAGGUCCGGGACUUUGCUUAUGAACCGAGUACCCUUCCUCGCGUGCCGACUGUUCGGAAACCAUACUUCCGGGACUUGAAGCGGCCGAGAGAAGAGAGUUCCGAAGAACGUGAAGCACGAAAGCGGAAUGAGGCACGAAGACUAGAAUUUAACGCCCCACGCAUCAGGCCUGCAGGCACAAGCGUCAGAAACCCACCUAACAUACCCGGAGUUGGUGGACUCAGCUUCAUAAAGCCGUAUGAGCUACCCUUCAGUAGAGCAAGUUCAAGUUCGAGCUCAUCUUACAACGCCAGACCAAGUUCAAGUUCAAGCUCUAGUUCAAGCUCAAAUGCGACCUCAAUGCAGUUUGACCGGGAUUUGAAUGACUUGUUACUCUCUGAUUCCUUUGGAUCGGCAAGGUCAUUAAUUCCACCAACUGGCGUGUUCUUUGCAAGACCUCAGUCAAGACGGAGAUCGCCUUCUCCACCUUCGCGUCCUAUUAUUCGUGUUCAUGAUCCAUUCGAUCUGCAUACGCAAGAAUUUUUCAGACAACCGGUCCGCCGUUCAGGUUCAGAUUCAAGUCCCUUUAUCCAACCACCAUCCCAUUCUGAAUCUCAGUCUCAACCCCAGCCUGAAUCCCAGCCUGAGUCGCAAUCGCAAACUGCUAGCAAUAGCCAACCUCCGCUCCCACCACUUACAAUAUCUCAGACAGACUCGGAAGUGGAUUCCGAUGCAGACGACGAAGAGCUCAUCAAGACACCGCUUCUCACGCCGAAUGGCUCGCUUAUCUUCGACGACGACGACGGCGAUUUCGACGUCAGUCGGGGCAGUGACAACGCCAAUAGCAGCGAGUCCCCUUCAGACAGUGUCACGGCCGAUGCCGAUGCCGACGCCGUUGAGUCGAACAACUCUGUUAUUGACACAAGUGCACUGCCCGAGUCCCAGGUCGCUGAGUUACUGGCACCCGCACAGACAGGACCGGACGACGAUGUGUCAACGUCUCAGAUGGGAUUAUGCGACUCGCAGGACUUGUCACAAGUACCUUGGCAGCAGCAGUCCCAAUCACAACCGUCGCAAUUGACACUGUGCAAAAAACAGGAACGGAACUUAGAUGUGGAAAUGCGGGAGCCUCUAACUGAAAGCAAGGAGGAUGAAGAUGAAACACGAAAGGAGCCUGCAUCAUCGGCUUCCUCUGCAGCACGUACCAUUGGGUCCAGCUCCCGACUAUGCACAAGUGCAAGUUCACAUAAUGCCGCGUCGUCUCCACAACCGCGACCAAUAUCGCGACCGGUCUCAUUGACAUCGCUUUCCCGCCAUUCGUCAAGAUCUCGUAGUCUAGUUUCCGCAUCGUCUCAGUCUUUGCUUAGGAGGAGUUCCAUCACCUCUCAUGGUUCAAAUGGCAAGCGGCGGUCAAGUCGUACGCUGAGCAGGACGAGCUCCAAAGGGGAGAGUAAAGCAAAUGUCGUAACAAGCCCGACGAGCAGUUCUACCUCUCUUUCGAGUGAUACAUCGAUUCGUUCGGCAAAGAGGUACAACUUACGUGGUCCGACGGCAAAGAAGGCGAAGUUACUGGGUAUGCCUGUUACAUUAUCAGCCCACAGGAUCCGUACGCGAACCAUGCCACAACGAGCCGCCAAGGCCGCUGCUGCUGCACGCGUGUCGAAGAGUGCUGCGAAGCAGCGGCCCCGUUCGUCGGCGAUUACGCCAGGUGCGGAGAUAGAUGGAAGUGGUAAUGACGUAGAGCCGGAGAGCAAGUCUACCUCACCGACAUUGCGUCGUAGCUCGCGAGUCGAGUCUGGAUAGGGGAAACUUCAUGAUCCUGUCUGCCCAGAAGCACGUUUUCUACUCGUGUUUAAGUGAAGAAACAAUAGAGUGGGAGCUUCGCGUAACGUCCUGACCAACAAUGGAGAGGUCACCAAAUUUAAUGAGCUGCACACGUUGUCUGACUCGUGAAUGAAUGAAUGAAAGUUAGAGUCUUCGGUUAACGGAAUUUCUUAAUGUAGCGCAACAACGUCAAUGAAGUCUUCUUUCAUCCUUUCACGCUUUCAUUUCGAACUUCGAACCUCCUUGUGCUUUCUCAUUCAUUUCUCUUUUCCUUCUUCCGUCUUUGUAACUUUUCCCCUGCUCUUUGUUCGUAUACUAUCUUAUUGCGUUUCAAUUCCCCUUUGCUCUCACUGACUGUACCAGUAACUUCCAAUUCCCGGUUUCCAUACCCGACAAAGUCUUUUCUCCUUCAUCCCCAUUCCAGCCUUUUAU